ACUAUAUGACUACGCCACAUGCAACAACUAUAUAUGAAACAAAACAAUUAUAAUCAAUUAAUGUAGCCUUAAACUGCCAACCCUAAAAUUUGUCUGUGUUCAUCAUUACUUUAAUUGUUGAGCCAUACACUCCUAUAAAUAGGGAGGACUCUUCAUGCUUCUAUUGUAAAGCAACCCAAACUAGAAUGUGCAUGCACAACAAAUAAUACAUUAUAUAUAUAGAAUAGAGAAAAUGGGGGAAUGUUGUAAGAGGAUCCCGUUGAGUGCUUCUUUUGGCCAUAGAGAAUACAUUGUGCUAUUUCAAGUGAUGUUUCAGCUUGUUAGGAUUUUAGGGUAUACUUCGAAUAAUCGGACGAAGAUUCCCGCUAUAUUCACGUUCGGCGAUUCGAUCAUCGACCCAGGAAACAACAACCACCUUAAGACCUUGGCCAAGUGCAAUUUCCCGCCCUAUGGUAAGGAUUUCAUCGGGCACCAGCCGACCGGGAGGUUCUCGAAUGGAAAGCUCGCAACUGAUUUCCUCGUUUCUGGAUUUGGUAUAAAGGAGUUGCUUCCUCCAUAUCUUUGGGUGCAUCUCUCACCUGAAGAUCUCCUCACUGGUGUUAGCUUUGCUUCUGGUGCAUGUGGAUAUGACCCCCUCACCUCAGCUCUUUCGAAUGUUAUAUCCAUGACUGGGCAACUCCGACUGUUCGGAGAAUAUAAGGAAAGAUUGAAGGCCAUCGCAGGCGAGGAGAGGGCAGAAUAUAUCGUCUCCGAGAGCCUGUACCUCGUCUCCACUGGAACUGACGACAUCGUCAACACUUAUUUUGCUACGCCGUUCAGAAACACACAUUACGAUAUCCCUUCGUACGUCGACUUCCUCGUUUCUAAAGCUAAAGAGUUCCUCAGGCAAUUACGACAAAUGGGUGCAAAGAAAAUAUGGUUUGGGGGAAUACCCCCAAUAGGAUGUGUACCUUCACAAAGAACACUUGUAGGGGGGAUUUUGAGAGAGUGUGAGCCCAGGCGUAAUGAAGCAGCACAAUUGUUCAACUCCAGGAUGCAAAACACAAUAUCCGAGCUGGGAAAUGAAGAGAGCUUUAGAGGAACAAUUCUGGUCUACAUUGACAUCUACAACAUCUUACUUGACCUCAUCCAAAGACCUUAUGCUUACGGAUUUGAGGAAUCAACAAGAGGAUGUUGCGGCACAGGAUUAAUUGAGGUCACAUUCCUAUGCAAUAGUAUUACUGCGACAACUUGUCCUGAUGAGACCAAGUUCGUGUUCUGGGACAGCUUUCACCCAACUGAGAAAGCUUACAAGAUCAUCGCGGACUACAUACUUAGCACAUACACGCAAACCUUGUCUUAGAUUGAGUCGAAUGCGUCGAAAAUUAUUCCCCCGAUCUCUUCCUUGCGCUAUUUAGGCAGCAAUUACAUAUAUCUCUUGUCGUCGUUUUUCUCUUUUCUUUAGCAUAAAUUUUAUGUAAUGGAGUGUGACGGUGAGUAUAUGAAGGAGCGCUUGCAAUCAGAACAUCCACUUAAUUUGUUCAGUAAUAAAAUUUAAGAAUAUAAUAAUAGAUUCUUUCUGUUUA